AUGCCUUGUAUUCGUAUCAAAGAAGUUUAUCAGACUACCAAGCAUGUUAUUGAAGGGAUUGAACUAAACUGCAGAGUGGAAGAAUUAAAGAAAAUCGCCGCAGAGAAAACCAAUAUACCAGUUGAGGACCAGAGUACGGUUUGCAUUGCACGUUUUUGGUUUUGUUUUCUUAAACUUAAGCUGUACUCAGUAUAUCAAGUUUAUUUUUGAUAUAUAAUAAUAUGAAAUUAAUUCCAUAGCGGAGGGAUUUUUUUCUGAUUCUGUCCAAAGGCUCAUGAAUAUUAUAGGCAACCUAGCUAGACCUGUGAAUCAAAGAAACUUAACCUUACAUACAUAAGCUUAGGAAUUUUCAUACAAACAUACAUAACCUUUCCUCGAAUUUACGAGUAGCCUUAACCGUUAAUAUUUCCUAGGAAACAACAACGAAAAGAAAACGUGAAUAGUAACUGACUUACUGACCUGACUGUCUCUUAGAAAUUGUCAUUUCUAUAAUGCCUCAUUUACCUAACUUCUUCGUCGUUGACAUGCAUUUAACUGUAACUGUCCUAUGAAAAAGAAUCUGUUAGUAGAUCUGAAUCUAAUUACUUUUCAUACUUAUUUUACGGUUCAUGAAGAGAAAACAAAAGAGGUCACUAUCAAAAAUACUACUUUGAGUCUCAGAGUAAAACCGUGUCUGGCCCUCACUGUGUGCACUUAGGUCCUAUGCAAGUUAUAUUAGUAAAUUUGUUUUGUGGAGAUGAUGUGAACUGUGCAGUUCCGCAGUUCACAUCAUCUUCAUGUUUCAAUCCUUUCAUGGGUUAAGAUGAGCUCAACAAAUUUGUCUGUUCCAGCCAAUGUAGGAGUCUACAUAUAGAGCAUUGCAGCACUAGUCUGGAAGAGGGGUGGGGUGCUGAUCCUGCAUUGCUGCUACUUUUUCAGGUUAAUAAUCCCGUAUCCCGCACUUGUUUUCAUUGCUUUCCUGAAGAAUGUGUACUUGAAACAUCACAAUUUCCUGUAUUCCCAAUAGACAGGGAUAAAAAGUCCCGCAUCCCAUGCCCAAUUAUUAGUGAAUCCCACUUCCCGGGUAGCAGUCAAAUUCCAAUUCCUGCCAAGAUAUUUAGCAUUUUACCAAAUCCCUCACCUUAUUUUGGUCAAAUCCCGGAUCCCGAAAAUACCCUUCCAGACCCUGUGCAAAUGCAUCUGAGCUGAUGAAAACUGGACUGUGUUCAUAUUUCAGAUUGUAUAUUUGCUGGAGAACUACUACAGGAUGACAAAACUCUAGCCUCCUAUGGAAUCCAAGAUGGAUUUACUGUAUAUGUUGUGAAGAAAUGGCCUGAUCCAGAACUGUUAGGUAUUAAAGACCUUUUGGAUGAAGUAAGGUUUCUGAGAAACUGACCGCCCACCCCUCCCCUAAGUCAACAUUAUCACUUACUUCCCACUUAGGGCGAACUGUUGGCCUAGGUGAGGGGUAGGUGGGCAGUAUCCCAGAACCCUAAAUUGAUCCAAUCUUUUUUAGUAAAUUAUGAAUACAGUGGAACCUCACCCUCAGGACCAAGGCAAGUGUCCCAUGAAUGGAGGAUGGGCUGGGGUUUGUUAAUAACCAACAAAUACAAUAUUCUUCUUUUAUUCUGCCUCAGAAUCUUCUACAGCUACUAUUUCAAGCAGCUCAAUAAUACAUAUAAAAAAUCAUGAUUAACUUAUCUUUGGAUAUAAUUUGUGUGUUGAAUUCCCACAAGAACAGUCCAUCAAUAAUUAUUUAAGUGAGAUAGUUCAUGUUGUGAAAGCUGUCCUCAUUGUGACUAGUGAACACUUUAACUUAUCAACCCUUUUUGUGGUCAGUCACUUUUUUUGUGUCCCUUUCCCCUGAAUAGAGGUAACUCUUCAGUAGAGGUAACAGAUACCAAGAUUAUGAGGACAUUUUUCCUGAACCAAAUUAUGUGUGCCAUAAAUGGGUGUGUCCCUUGAAUAGAGGUGUCUCAAGGGAGAGGUUCCACUGUAUACCAGCUGCUGUCUGUUUUUGGGCUUUAAAAUAUAAAACCCUGCUAAUUCUUUCUAUUUAUGAAUAUUAGAUCAAGAUCCUGAUGAUGUCCCUAUUGCUGAGGUGAUGCCGAUACUGGAGGCGGCAAUAAAAAGUAAUUCGUAUAGAAAUACUGUAAGUUGAUAGUUAACCCUUUCACCCUCAAAACUGUAGCCGACGUCAAAUUCAACAAAAUUUCCAAAUUUCAUUUUAAAAGUUUGCAAAACACUGGGAAAUAAAAUUAAAAGUAGAGCUGUAUCGCAUACUGUUCAAGAGAGGUUUGCAAACACCUGUUUUCAUGUUUUUCUGAUUAUAUUUCUAAUGUCAAUCUUACAUAUGAUAAUCAUACAUGCACAUUAAUAUCCUUUAUGUAUUGCUUUCAAUAAGGGAUGCAUGGAUGGAAAAACAGUAAGUGACCUCUUACCCAAUAGCUACUAGAUUCAACUUCCAAACUGCCUUGUAUUUGCUUAUAAACAAAAAGAGAAUUUGUGAUUUCAUCAAAAAUCACUUGUGACCAUGUCUUGUUCCACCAACCCCUUUUGUCAAUGACAUACCUGUAUCUUUUAACAAAAACGCAAUAUUAAAUGUGUUGCUUUUCAUAACUUUACAUAACUAUUCUUUUAAGGUAUCCAAAAUUCUUACCAACCCAGACAUGUUGGAACAAUUGAUUGUGACAACGCCCGGACUGUCAGCAGAUCCUGUUGCUAUGAGUGAGUAACCUGAGCUGAUCAAGAGAGUUCUUCUUUAGGCAUUUUCACACAAAGUAUUUGCUGUAGAGUUGGGAAGUGACAUAAGGAGAAAAUAGAUGCUUUUCAACAGACAGACAUUUACAUGCAUGAUUUAUAUAAGAGCUCUGUGUCUAUUUUCCUCUUAGCCCUUCUUCAAGAUCCUGAGCUUCUUGAGCAACUUGUGGAAACAGCAAAUGUUGAAACGUAAGUAGCGUAACCUGCUGCAUAAUUACACAAACAUUAUCUUCGCGAAAUAUUGUCCAGUUAAAAUUACAUAUGAUGGAAAGUAUCAUGGAUAUGCAUGGAUAUGACAAUUUCACUUUAGUAUCUGAAUUUAUUCUGUAUUUCAUUGUAUGUGUUACAGGUCAAAAUUAUAUUCAGGUGAAAAUUUUUCAACUUUGCUUGUCCUUGGUUGAUUCUCAAUUUCCUUCAUCUCCUAGCCCUACUUAUUUAUCAGCCAUACAAACAUUUACAGAAAAUAAUAGUUACUCUAUUUUUUGGACACACCUGAUCUUUAAUUCUGGGGGACACCAUGAAUUGAGUGGUUAAGACCAAAUUUCACAGUCUUAUUUUUCUGUAACCUGAUUGGUUUUAAGCCCUCAUGCACAUGCAGCUGCCAGGCAAAGUACCAAUUCACAGGGUUUUUCACAGGUUCUGACCCUGCAAAAAAUGCCCUGUUCACAAGUUUUGAGAUUUUCUACCCUAUACUUGUUUAGAUUUCUUCUUGAAUGCACAUGCUCCAAUACGGAUGACAUGGCAUUAUAUAGUAUAGUAUUAUUGUUGCAACCUGAAUUACAUGCUGCCACAGUAAGGAUGUGCGAAAAAUGGUUGUGGAGAGGUCCUUGGUUUAUGGGUGGGGAUAUCUAUCUUAGACAGAUUUCAUUAAAACACAUUUAUACUAAUGAGAGGUUUGCAUUCUUAUUAAUUUCAGAGUCAUUCAAGAGCAUCCCAGCCUGAUACAAGCAGCCUCAUACAUUGCUGCGGCAAUUGCCAAGGAAUGUGGGGAACGCCCUCCAAGUAGACGGAACCANUGCUUUUCAACAGACAGACAUUUACAUGCAUGAUUUAUAUAAGAGCUCUGUGUCUAUUUUCCUCUUAGCCCUUCUUCAAGAUCCUGAGCUUCUUGAGCAACUUGUGGAAACAGCAAAUGUUGAAACGUAAGUAGGGUAACCUGCUGCAUAAUUACACAAACAUUAUCUUCACGAAAUAUUGUCCAGUUAAAAUUACAUAUGAUGGAAAGUAUCAUGGAUAUGACAAUUUCACUUUAGUAUCUGAAUUUAUUCUUUAUUUCAUUGUAUGUGUUACAGGUCAAAAUUAUAUUCAGGUGAAAAUUUUUCAACUUUGCUUGCCCUUGGUUGAUUCUCAAUUUCCUUCAUCUCCUAGCCCUACUUAUUUAUCAGCCAUACAAACAUUUACAGAAAAUAAUAGUUACUCUAUUUUUUGGACACACCUGAUCUUUAAUUCUGGGGGACACCAUGAAUUGAGUGGUUAAGACCAAAUUUCACAGUCUUAUUUUUCUGUAACCUGAUUGGUUUUAAGCCCUCAUGCACAUGCAGCUGCCAGGCAAAGUACCAAUUCACAGGGUUUUUCACAGGUUCUGACCCUGCAAAAAAUGCCCUGUUCACAAGUUUUGAGAUUUUCUACCCUAUACUUGUUUAGAUUUCUUCUUGAAUGCACAUGCUCCAAUACGGAUGACAUGGCAUUAUAUAGUAUAGUAUUAUUGUUGCAACCUGAAUUACAUGCUGCCACAGUAAGGAUGUGCGAAAAAUGGUUGUGGAGAGGUCCUUGGUUUAUGGGUGGGGAUAUCUAUCUUAGACAGAUUUCAUUAAAACACAUUUAUACUAAUGAGAGGUUUGCAUUCUUAUUAAUUUCAGAGUCAUUCAAGAGCAUCCCAGCCUGAUACAAGCAGCCUCAUACAUUGCUGCGGCAAUUGCCAAGGAAUGUGGGGAACGCCCUCCAAGUAGACGGAACCAUCGUGCUGUGGUUGAUGACUAUGAAUCUGAUGAAGAGCUACAGGGAAUGGAACCUGGGGUAAGAAUUUAUUUUCAGUUUAUGAAUGUAGUGCUUUGAACAUCACAAUGUAAGAACUCCAACAUUAACUCAUGACACACCUAUACAGUUUCCUAUACAAUCCUGAAACUCCUUUUAUUGCAGACACUAUGCACUGUAGGGAACUUGAGUUAGUGUCCUCAUUAGUAAGAGUACGUAAAUUAGCAGAAGUUUAUUUCAGACAGAUGUCUGUACAUGUAAUUUGUUUUCGCCGGGGAUUUAGCUGCUGCCCAUUUUAGCGAGGUGUCCGUUAUAGCGGGGUAUCAGCAAGGCGAAAGUUAACUGUAUUUAUUUUCUCUUAUCCUGCUUGAAGUACCUCAGCAGGAGAUAUAAUUUUGAAACCUUCAUUUUGAAGUACUGUUUUUGAUAUCACAUGUAGAUUAUAAUUUGGAACAAUUUAGUCCCCUGGCCUUCCCACAAGAAUCUGAAAAUGCUCUGAUUGCUUUAAGUCUUCACUGUAUGUACUACACCACCCAGAGUAUAAGUCAAAGAACUUUUAGUGAACAUGCAUAUGGACCCAUUUUUUUUAGAGAAAUUGCAUGCAAUAAAAUUUUCCUUCAAAAAAUCGAUGAUUGUACUUUUUGAAAGAAAAAGGUCUUUUCUGAGAAGAAGUACGAUCCUGGCACAAAUUGUUUGUGCCAGGAUCGUACUUUUUCUCAGAAAAGACCUUUUGUGGUUUGAUUCUCAUAAUAGACAACCUCCCAUAUGCAUGCAAACACUCAAUCAUCACAUUUUGGGUGAUUGCUCAUGGGAAAAUUGAAUGUCUAGUAUGUUAUUAAUAAAAAAUAAUGUUUAUAAAUAGACAUUAAUACUUUCUCAUUUAUCAACAACUGACAGCUAGUUGCCCAGGCAGAACUGGUGGCUGCAAAUGAAGAACGUAUUCAGUCAUCAAGAUCAAGAUCAUCAUCAUCAUCAUCAGCUCCAUCAUCAGGAUCAGCUGUAGCACAUCAACAAAUUACAUCAUCUUUACUGUCAUCAGCACUGGCCAGUGCUGGAAUACCCCAGGCCUCUACAUCUCGAAGUCACAGUAAGGCCUUUAUUUUACUUUAUUAUAAAAUAUAUGUCACACUGAUUAAAAAAACUAGACCUCAGUCAAGGGGUGACAAGCUGUACAUACACUCAUGAUCAGACAGCAAUCAACCUAUCAAACUGAUAAGCGGCCAUCAGAUGCUGGAUACACCUUCAAAGUUUGGCUUCGUUAAAAUUAAUGUGAUGAAGGAAAAUACAGUCCAAGAUAAUGCUGACAAAGUGUUUGUGGACCAGUACUGCUGCUCCCAUCACAUGUUUUUUUCAAAAUAAAGUUCAGUGAUGUUUCUGCAAAAAAUUAAACCUCCAUUAAGCACUUGCCAGUAACCCAAGGGAGGCUGCUUAACGGGCUUCAACUGUAAUAAACUGUUUAAAAAAAGUAAUACAUUUGAGCAUGAUUUGAACAUUGUGUAGAUCAAGAAGGGUGUUAUCCACUAAAGACAAUUGGUUAUUUACUGCCAAACUAAGAAAAGCAAAAAAUUAAAGUACUAUUUUACAUUAUUUUUCUAGGUCUUUCUUCUGCUGGUCCAUCAACAAGCAGUGGCACUUCAACUUCUAGGCAGACAAUCACAAGAGAUAUGGUUCGUGAAGCCAUGGCAUCUGCCAGAAGCGUGGCUCACACAUCUUCUCAAAUGCAGGUAGGUUUUAGAAUAAUUAUAAUGCUUACAUGUAUGAGAAUGAAUUAUAAAACUUAAUGCAAUGGACACUGUAUAAGCUUCUUGUAUUAUUUUGUCAUCCUAAAAAUGUACAAUCAUCUUGUAUGCUGAUAAUGUUAGAACUCAGGCUCAGGCGACCCACUUAAUCCAAGCCCUGACAGCCCCCACCCCCACAUUAACCCGUCCUUCAUUGUCUUCUCCAUUAUAAGUUCAAUCACUAGUGUGUACUAAGUUAAUGAUGUUUAUCACUACCUUAACUGCUCUAUAUUGCACCAACCCUUAAUUCCAGUCUUCUCCACAGACAACCCAAUCAGCCUACCCUAUGGCUCUUUUUUGUCUGGGACCAGUUACAUAAAUAUUAGUGUCAGACAUUCAAGUAACCUUUGAUGUCCAUCCCAGUCAAACCCUCUAUUUCAACACUAGAUGCUACCAGUUACAACUUACAUCAGACGUAAGGUGUUAUGCUAAUUACCCCAGGCCUCGAGGCUGGGGUUACUCCCUGCAAUGAACUAUGCUAUAUGGGAAUCGAGGCUCAACCCGCAAGGGGUACCUUCUUCAGGUUUCAGAUAUGUGAAAGGGUAUCACGAUUUCACUUUUCAUUAAGCACAUGAAAGGGUAGAAAAAACUUUCAUUUCUGUUUGUAAAAAGACUUAAAAGGACUAACUGAAGGAAUUUAGGGCUGUGAAAAAGUCGUGAAAAUUUCCUAGUCUUGUCUUAAUUCAUAUUUUAAAGACAAUGCAUUUUACAUCAGUUAAUCAGAAUGUGAAAGGGAUACCAUUUGUCAAUAGAAGGUAUACAAAAGGGGUACCUUUUCCAGGGCUCGAAAAAAUUCUCAUCCAGUAAUCCGUGACAAGUGGAUUUUCUUGCCGGGCAAGUAACUUUUGAAGCUCACCUGCCCAAUGAGUAAGGGUCCAAAUAACUCAUCCUCUAGCAGCUAAUGAAAUCUUUAACUGAGACAAGCAAAAAGUGGUGCUGGGCAAGCGAAAUGUGAGAGCUGCCUGCCCAAAUGAUAAGCUCGAAUUCAAGUUUUUGUCGACCCCUGCUUUUCUGUCAAAAAUGGUAUAUAAAAGGGUAAGGGUUGGACCUCCCUUAGGGUGGACCCCUCCCCCCACCCCCCUCACAAAACUUUGUUGAGUACCCCACAACCCUCCGGACCCCAGUCCUUUCUUCAACCUGCUCCACAGGCUACCCACUCAGCAAUUCCCUAUUUUUUUUUUCCCUGGACAGUCGCAAUUGCAGCAGCUGAGAGAUAUGGGUAUCACUGAUGAUGCCCUUAGUCUUCAAGCCUUAUCAGCCACUGGUGGUGAUGUGCAAGCUGCUCUUGAGCUCAUAUUUGAAGGACUGUAA